GCGCACUGCUACGCUAUUUCUACAAUUCUGUGUAAUUGCUCGUGUUUGUCGCUUAAUUCAAAGCCUGAAGAUGGAUUUUCUGGUUAAAUUAUUUGCCCAGAACAGGAAAGUGGCGUUUUGCGUGUCAGGGGCAGCCGUGGCUUUGCUCGGACUCGCGCUCGGCUACAAAUACACGCGCAGGCAGAAAAAGUUAACUGAUGUUGGAGUUGUUUCACAGCUGCUGCUUCACCCCAUGAAGUCUGGAAAAGCGGUGUGUGUCCCUGCAGCCGAGUGCCUGAGAAUGGGCCUUAAAAGCGGAGAUCUUCGUGAUCGUCACUGGCUGGUCAUUACUGAAGAUGGCCACAUGGUGACAGGGAGACAGCAGCCUCGCUUGGUUCUUGUGUCUAUGACUUGUGAUGGAGGCCAGGUUUGUCUCAAUGCUCCAGAGAUGGAGGAGCUCAAGUUUCCCCUUCAUCAGCCCAACAAUCCCAUCUUUAAAUGCAGGGUGUUUAGUUCAGAUACCGAAGGCAGAGACUGUGGGGAUGAGGUUUCUAACUGGCUCACUCGAUAUCUGGCAGCAGACCAGACCAUGCGCUUGGUGCACUUUGAACCCCAGUUAAAAGCCCGAACACCUCCAGAGAAAGGCUUUCCCAAUGAUGAAAAGGUGGCUUAUCCAGAUGCUGCUCCUAUCAUGCUGAUGUCAGAGGCCUCUCUGAACGAUUUGAACGGCAGACUAGAUUCUGGCAUCACUGUUUGUCAGUUCCGGCCCAGCAUUGUUGUCAGCAACUGUGAGCCUUUCAGCGAGGACUCAUGGGACCAUGUACAGAUUGGGCAAGUGGAGUUGCAGAGAGUGAUGGGCUGUGGAAGGUGUGUUUUCACCACAGUUGAUCCUGAAACUGGAAUAUUCACUAGAAAAGAGCCACUGGACACUCUCAGAACUUAUCGGCUAACUGACCCUGCACAGAAAACUGCACCAAUACUUGGACAAUACUACACAGUCAAGAAAACUGGGAUCCUCCAUGUUGGUGAUCCCAUAUACAGAAUUACUUACUGAGAAAUGACACAAUAAAUCAAACAUAAAGCUAAAAUUAGAACAAUUAUAUAAUUCAUUUUGAUGUAAUAUCUAAAUUUACAUUGGUCAUUACUGCUUACAAACAACACUACUUUUAGUGUAUAAUGUAUGUGUGCAGAUGUACAGAGAUGUGCCUUAAUAUGUUAAAAUGAAAGCAUCGUUUAAAAACAUCAUUAUCCUUUAUUAGCUUGACAAUUAGCCAUUUAGCUAUAAUUAGUUUUUGCCUGACACUUGUUGUAAUGCAUAGUUCUUUAUGGUUAUAAUAUUAAAUAUAGGAGAUAUUACGCAGGCCAAUACAUCUCCAAAUUCUAAAAUUGUAGAUGAAUGUCAAAAUAAGAUACUAAAAAUAUUAUUACUUUUGAUGUUGAUGUGCUGCUAAUAAAACAGAAUUUGUGCA